AAACAUGUCAUCCCUACAUGCUUUGCCGACUAUGUAACUAGUACAUCCGGUGCGAUUCGGCUAGCUUUCGACCUCUCCCCCUGGCCUCAAGUCCUUCAAGCACUAAGACAUGGCAAAGAAUAUGAUGUCUGAGACGCCCUCUUUGAAACACCGGACCGGUGUGGUUUGAGCCGAUCAAGGCGAUCGAGGUGGGACACCUUUCUGGACACCGAACUGGUCACCAGGAAACACCUGGCAGAGGUUUUCUUUUUCAAUGUGCCAUGAUUGCCGACGACCUGGAAGACCCCCUGCUGCGGCGGCCCAGCAUUGUGCGCUCCAAAGGCCGACUCUUAGACACGGACUCGAGGCCUUCCGGCGUUUGGGAGGCCCCGCGCCAGGUGCUGGGCCGCCUGCGGCGCCUGGCGCGCACCACGCUGCAUCUCUUCCAUCCGCCCCACGUACCCGAAACGUCGACUUCCAGUCCUCAGCGAGAUGAUCACGUCACCACACCCUUCGAAGACAGCUUCAUGAAGCUCUUGACAGGUGCGCAGUACAACCUGGACACUGUGGGCCCCUAUGCGCGCCUGCACCUCACCGUCCACGGCGCCUCCCGCUUGUUAGCUCAAGACUAUUGCGGCACUUCUGAUCCCUACGUGGAAGUGUACGUCAACGACAUCAAGCGGGGUCAGAGCCGGCACGUGAACUUCACCCUGAAUCCUCAGUGGAACUUCUCAGAGGUGGUGGAUAUUUGGUCGCCCUUCUCGAUCAUCACUCUCAGGAUCGUUGAUUGGGAUCGGGUCAGCCAAGACGAUCCGAUUGGCUUCGUGGACUUUUGCGUGGCAGACCUGGAGCCGAAUGCGCCAGGUGUGCGCGGCUGGCUGGAGUUGCGAAAGAUGAAGCGCUUCCAAUCCAACGCCAAGAAGCGCUUUUUAGAGCACAGGCGUCUACGUGACGAUGCGAUCUCUGACGAGGAGGUCGAAGAAGACCAGGUGCAGGAGGAGGCCGCGCUCUCUCCGAGCACCAUGGGUGGUUUCAGCCCCUCUCACGCGGCGCAGCACGCCGCGCAUGCAGCGCACCAUGCGGCGCACGCCGCGCAGCAUGCGGCUCACCACGCGGCGCAGCAUGCCAAGCAGGCACUGAAGCGGAGAAUUUCGAGCUUCCACUUGGCUGAGCGUCAGGCAAAGCUCAAGACCACGAUGAAGUUGAUGCGUGGUCGGGCGACCCGUGUGCCCCGCAUGCCCUGCUGCAGCGGUGAUCCCAAGGACGAGGAUCAGGCGGCCGCGAGCCGCAGGUGGCUCAGCUUCCGCAGACGCAGGAAGGCCUUGAAUGCGGGAGAAGUGGACGUCUCCUUGCGCCUUGAGACCACCUGCCGCUCCCUGGUGGUCAAGACCGGUGUCGGACAGCCUGAGCUGCUCUACACCGCGGUGCUGGCGCCCGAAAGGAUCCGCGAAGUGGUGAAGGAUGCGGAGUGGUUCGCCUGCUGCCUUCCCGAACCGGCCUUCCGUGAACAGCUCGUUUCCUCCUUAG